AUGCAUCUCUCCACUUCCCUCCUCGCCCUGACAGUGGCUGCCACCCACGUGGCCGCAGCUACUCCCAAGACCAUCGACGACAUCAUAAGAGGCGCCCCCACGUGUGUCCAGCCCUGCCUGAGCGACUUUUACACCGACAUUGUCGGCGACAACUGCAGCAAAGACGCAAAGACCAGCUCCAGCGAGGCCGACCUCAAGUGUAUCUGCAGCUCCACCGGUGAUGCGAGCAAGAUCAAAGAGCAGGCCAGUAGGGUGUCUGACUGUAUUGUCAAGGGAUGUAAAGACUCGGCGAAGGAUGUGUUGGCAUAUAAGACUGCCUGGAAUGAGUUGAAUACGUUGUGUGAGGGGAAGACUAAUGCUACUUCUUCCAUCUCCAUCUCUGCUUCUACCUUUACAACCACUGGCGCGACUACAUCGACUGCCACUGGCACCACCACAGGCACUUCCACCGAAUCCACUGCCGACUCGACUGGCACCGCAACAACUUCAUCUGCCGCUGCCACCGGAACAGACGAAAACAGCGCCGUCUCAAUGAAGGAAACUUCCUUCCUCGCUGGCGUUGGUGUCCUCGUUGCUGCGUUCUUCAUGUAAACGACUGAUGUUAUAUAUACCCCGAAUCAUUCUAUUAGUUUAACAUAAUCACAUCUAUCGAUUUUAAAUUCUAGCCUUUUCAAUUCUCUCUCCCCGCUCAUCAAACUCAAUCUUCUUGCCUGUAAUCAGACUCUCCUGCAAUGCGCAGCCAAUGCGAACAGCAGCAACAGCCCCCU